GCGGCGGCGCGAGAGAAGCUCGGCCUACUCACCACCUCGGGACGGGCCUUCUCGCCCCGGCCGCACGGCGGCGCCCCGCUCCGAGGCUUUUUCUUCUGGUCUCGGUCACCAGAACUGGGUCAGGGUACGAGAUGACGGCGGUUCUACCGCGGAUCGAGCAGCUCUCCUCCCGGGUGGUGCGUGUGCUGGGAUGUAACCCUGGACCCAUGACGCUCCAGGGCACCAACACUUAUUUGGUGGGGACCGGCCCCAGGAGAAUUCUUAUUGAUACUGGUGAACCAUCAAUUCCAGAUUAUAUCAUCUGUUUAAAACAAGCACUGACUGAAUUUAACACGUCAAUCCAAGAAAUUAUAGUGACUCACUGGCACAAGGAUCAUACUGGAGGCAUAGCAGAUAUAUGUAAUAGCAUCAAUCCGGGCACUGAAUAUUGCAUUAAAAAGCUGCCACGCAAUCCCUUCAAGGAAGAAGUUAUAAGAAAUAGUGAGCAAAAAUAUGUUUAUCUGAAAGAUGGAGAUGUGAUUAAUACAGAAGGAGCCACUCUCAGAAUACUGUACACACCUGGACACACCGAUGAUCAUAUGGCUCUAUUUUUAGAAGAGGAAAAUGCUAUAUUUUCUGGAGACUGCAUUCUAGGAGAAGGAACAACAAUAUUUGAAGAUCUUUAUGACUACAUGAAUUCCUUAAAAAUGCUAUUAAAUGUUAAAGCUGAUUUGAUAUACCCAGGACAUGGCCCAGUCAUCCUUAAUGCUGAAGCUAAAAUUCAAGAAUACAUUGCUCACAGAAAUGCACGGGAACGUCAAAUCCUUGAUUUUUUUCAAGAUAAUGUUGGAAAGUUAUUUACUGAAAUGGAACUUGUAAAGAUUCUUUAUAAGUAUACUCCUGAGCAUUUACAUAAAGUAGCUUGUCAUAACCUCUCCCUUCACUUGAACAAAUUAGAAAAAGACGGGAAACUAUCAAGCACAAUGACUCCUGAAAAGAAAUGGAAAUCUAAUCUAUAGUUUCAUGAUAGCGAAUAAAGAAUAAUCUGAGAUCUUUAUUAAGGAUAUACACUGCAGAAGAAUAUUGAAAAAGAAACUAACUACAAAUAAUUAGUAUCACAUCUGUUCCAUUAUCAAAAAUAUAAGAAUUCUACAAUCUACAUUUAGAAUAUGCACCAUAAUUAUGAUUCAUCUAACAUUUCAAGACUUUAUGAAAAUACAUUGUAAUAAUUUUUGAGUUCUUAGACUAAAACUUCUGUACUUUAUAAAUAAUAAAAUCAGCUCAUUUAAAAAUC